AUUAGUUAUUUUGUCUUUAUUAUGAAGUGUUAAACGAGCAACAUAAUUGUCUUACUUACAUUCACUUUAUUAACACUUUUGUAGCACUUAAAAAUUGCAUCUUUUCCUACUUACAAUGUCAUCAUUUUCAUAAAGAUUAAAGAUAAUUAUCGCGUUGUUGAAACAAUUGAGCUUCUUAUCUUUGCGACUAGAAGAGUUUCAAGAAUUAUAAAUGUGCCUGUCAUACUUGGAAAUAAUUAUCUCGCCGGUGGCUUUUGACAUCAUCACUAGCACUCAUAUUUGGAGAAGAUAUCGUCAAGUUCAGGAAAUUGCUCCCCAGUAGACACCAUGGACUGCGUAUCAACGCAAGGAUCAGUUGCGUGCUCUCACAUCUAUCCCCAUGAACCACUCGGAGGGUUGUCAUCAACAUCGCCACUAUCAUCCCCUCCAAUAACGUGCUCAUCAAUUGAAAAAUUACCACCAAUAUCGCAUUUGUCACCAUCAAUCACAUCACCUUCGUACCAGCAACCAAGUUACACUCCAAAUCAUGAAAUUCUAACAUCAAAACAUGGACAAACCAUUCUGUCAAUGGACAGCCAUAUUACACAAAGUCAUGUGUUUGAUUUAAACGGGAACAUUCAGGACUCGCAGCACUUUUCCGACUAUCAUGAUCAGGACUAUGAGGAACAGUGUUAUCAGACGGCUUUGGCGCAAAGUGAACAUUGCAACUAUUCUAACAGUUAUUAUGCGGGAGAAAACUUUAUUUACGCUAUGCAUAAUUCAAACCAUGAGGGUAUGCACGAUUCUCAGACCUAUCAUUGGUAUGGUCCACAGGCAAGCUAUGACUCCGAGGAUAGCUUUGAAGUAGAAACUACAGACCACGUGGUGUUUCCAGACAACACAAUUCCAAGAACACCACAGUUUGGACCAAUCAUUAGAAAUACACCGCAGAGUGACGGUGGUAGCCCAUUACCGAAUUUUUCGGUGUUUACCGCAGAGCUCAAAAAGGUUCCUAACCGUCGUGGGCGGCCUGUAACUUACAACAAACCUGGCUAUAACUACAGCGACAGUGAUAGUCUACACAGUGACGAGGAUGAAAGAACAGCCCAAUCAAAAGGAUGUCGCCGAGGAGCAAAGAACAUAUUGCUAUGGAAAUUUCUGCUUGGAGAGUUAAGAAAGCCAAAUAGUAAUCAUAUCAAAUGGGAAAACGAGAGGGAAGGAAUCUUUAAAUUUGUUGACACCGCAGAAUGUAGCCGUCUUUGGGGACAAAUGAAGAAGAAAGAGGACAUGAACUUUGAAAAGCUUAGUCGAGGAAUCAGACAUUACUACAAAGACGGUCUUAUGUCUCGCAGGGAUGGAAUUCGGCUGGUUUACAAAUUUAACUGGGAUCGUGUACCAAGAGCAUUUUGGCCAAGGAGGCACUAAAUUACUGUGUUUCUUCAUCACAAUAUCACAGACUGAUUGCCAGCAGUAGAAAGAAUCUCUAGGCUCAAUUACGUUUCAACACCAAGAAACUAAAAACAUGCAUGGUGUUAAUGCAAACAAUAUAUCACAACUUACAUAUUUUUAAAAAACAUUCCGUCUAUUGAUCUCACUUUAUGAAUAACAACGAAAUGUCUAAACACAGUUUCAUGUGAAAAUCUUUUUGCCUUACCUAUAACCCAUUUGUUGAGUUUUGACACUAACUGUGUAAAUGGUGCUUUGUUAAAUAAUUUACAGAUGUGUUCAUUCUAAUAUAACCUAUUUGUUCAUAUCAUAUAAUUUAUGUUUAUUUCGUUUAACAAUGUGUUCAUUUCAUUUUACAUUUAUAGAUAUCAUUAUUCAAUAUGUGCAUGUCAUUUUUCAGUUGUAUAUAUCAUUAUUCAAUGUUUUUUUUUUAUAUAUUUCAUUUUCCAUUUGUACAUAUCUUUAAUUUAUCUUUUACCGUGGUUUCUUAGUAUUACCCGUCUCUUACUGCCAGUUGUUGAGCAACACUGUACAAAUGAGUUGACAAUUUUAAGUAUGUUUUCAUUCGUACGAGUAUCUGGUUUCUGCACGACUCUUGCCUAUUGAGUUGCAUUCUGGUAUUCAUAUCUUCUCAGUUGCAUUUCAUGUUAAAAUCAUAUAUAAACAUGCAUGUACUGUUGUCUAUAGUUAUACAUACACGUGUUCAUUUUCUUUUUUUAAAUAACUAGACCAAGUUUAAACAUCAUUUAAUGUAUUCUAUAUUUUCAUACAAACGACUCAUGCAAUGUAUAUUUGAUCGGAUAUAUCGCCUCUGAGUUGUUCUUUUAUAUGAUAACAACCUCUUAAACACACAUGCAUGUACAGUUGUCUAUAUAUACUUUCGUAUGUUCAUUUGAGCCGGGCCGUGAGAAAACCAACAUAGUGGCUUUGCGACCAGCAUGGAUCCUGACCAGUCUGCGCGGAUGCGCAGGCUGGUCUGGAUCCAUGCUGUUCGCAUUCAAAUCCUAUUGCAAUUAGAGAAACCGUUAGCAAACAGCAUAGAUCCUGACUAGACUGCGCGGAUGCGCAGGCUGGUCUGGAUCCAUGCUGGUCGCAAAACCACUGUGUUGGUUUUCUCAUGGCGCGGCUCAUUUAUAUAUUUUCUCAUCAUAUCGUUUAAUGUUACUUCUGGUCAUUAUUUUGCUUUUUUUUGCACUUGACCUACAACUCUUAACAAUUAACUACUUAAUGAUUUUAUGAAUGGAUCUUACACUAGGGAUGAGUAUUUGCUAGCCUAUCUCUAAAGAAACAAUGACAUUUAUAACAAAACAAAUUAUCAUCUCAAGUGUUGUUUAAAUAUAGUUCAUGAUGAAUCUCGCUUUUUACCUUCGUUAGUGCAAUGUUAGCUAUACAGUAUCUGUACAUGUCAUGGAAAACAAUUGAUAAAAAAAACGACGGAUGAGAGCAAAACGAUUCUAAGUGUUUCUUUUAUCAAAAAUGCACUUAGACCGAUUUGCUCCGACGCCCGAAUUAUAUUCAUUAUAAUGUUUUGUCACUGGCAUUUAAACAAAUGCAAAAACAAAACAAAACUUAUUUUUAAAUUUUGUUAACCAACUUGUGUAUUUCAGUCUUUCCAAAAUUGUUAAACUAAACGAAAAUGUCUGAAUGUUUCAAUUUUGCAUCAUCAGGUCGCUGGUAACUGUUUCUUUAUCUCAAUUUCUUCAAGGGACGGGCCUACAGAUGACUGUCAUGCCUUCAUCCGAUCAUUUUUGCUAUGACACUGUUAUUUCAUUUUCGCUUCUUAAAUGUGUAAUCCAUGUCGUGUGUGUGUUUUUUUUUUUUAUUAUUUAUCAUUACUCGACUUUAAGAGUCAUAACAUCUGGCAGGUCGGACAUUUGCAAUAUGUUUUCCCUCAUUUAUAGGUUGCAUCUUUUCCAUUGUACGAAAUCGAAUCUUUCAUAUGAUAUCCUGAAAAUAUAAAUUAUUAUUUUUUAUUCAAAUUAUAUAUUUUGCUUUACUCUUUUAAUUCUGGUCAAAGUACCUUGUUGAUUCAUCGGCUCCGUAAAAUGGUUUCUGGGAAUUUGUUCCCAGCGACGUUAUACGUCAAAGGGCAAUAGGCAAAACUUAGAAAAAAGGUCGAUAUGCCGAACUCAUUUAUCUCAAAAGUUUGGCUAGCUCAAAGACAAUUUGAAACUCCGUCCCCAAAACGCGUGCACAAAAUAUCAUUUAAGUCGAAUUUCGGUUACCUUGAAGUAAAACGCUAAACCGCUCAACUGUUUGAUAUUUUUGGAAAGAAGUGUAAUUUUAUAGAAAUACCCUAUGGGAGAUUUUUAGGGCGUGUUCAAAUUUCAAAAACAUGUUGUUUUUUUUCAGUUAAAUUUGUUACUUUAGUAUCUUGAAAGACACUAUGGUACAAUUGUAAACAGAAUAUCACGAUGGAACAGAUGAUUCAAACAUUAAUUUACAUUUGAUAUCCUGUAAAUAUGAAUAGCUUUUCUGUAUAUUUGUUUUAAAUAUAACAUUUUGGUAAUGUAAAUUCUCACAUAUCAGUCUGAUAAAAACGAACGUCCACGUGAAAUACUAUUUUUGCAGAGAACAACGUUUUUGCUAACACAUUUAUAACAUGACUGUAUUUUAGCAUAACUUCUAGCUGAAGAUCUAUUUGCAUCUAAAUGAUUAUUUUACUGUAUUUAACUAUGUUUAUUUAUUGUGUAUCAUUCAUUUUUAUAAAGCAAGUACAAAAAGUUCUAUCAGAAAACAAAUAAAAACAAUUAAAACAAAUUCUUUAUUACAUGUAAAUAUGACAAAAUGUUGAAUUUUGAAAUAUUUAUGUCCUUAAAAAUGUGGUAAUAAUUUAUUAAUAAAUGAAUUGUUACAAAAAUCAA